CUGGGGAGGGCCCCAGGGGUACCCAGGCCCUGCCUUCCCACCCUGCCAUCCUCAGAACACGCAGGAAACUGCAGGGAGCCUCUUGGUCACCAUUGUCAUUCAUCUGACAAAAAGAACCCCUACCUGCUCGCAGUGGUGCAUCCAGCUUCUGCAAGGAGCUAGAAAAGCAGGUGUAAUGACUACUCUUCUGAGAUGAGCUCUUAAUUAAUGCACAGAGAUCCUGAAAGUCCCACCUCUCGACAGUCAUGAUUGACAUCCAAGGAUACAAAAAUUGCACUAAUUGAGCUUUCCAUUUAUACACUUUUCUGCAGCCAGCUCAUCAGAAAAGAUUCCUGGCUCAUUAGAGAUCCACUCACAUGGAAAGCUGAAGGAGUCUAUUGCAAGGUGAAAGAAAGUCUGUGAGACAUUGGCAACAAUCAGGCAACUAUUUCUUUAACUUUAGAGGUGAAUGUAAGCUGAAUGUAGAGAAGACUUCCCAAUAAGCUGGACUGAUGUGCACAGAGAAGGAAUGAAGUAUGGAUGUGAAGGAACGUAGGCCUUAUUGCUCCCUGACAAAGAGCAGACGGGACAAGGAGCGUCGCUAUACAAAUUCUUCUGCAGAAAAUGAGGAGUGCAGAGUGCCUACUCAGAAGUCUUACAGCUCCAGUGAAACCUUGAAAGCUUUUGAUCAUGAUUCCUCUAGGUUGCUGUAUGGAAACCGGGUAAAAGAUUUGGUCCACAGAGAAGCAGAUGAGUAUACCAGACAAGGACAGAAUUUUACCCUAAGGCAGUUAGGAGUUUGUGAACCAGCAGCUCGUCGAGGACUGGCAUUUUGUGCGGAAAUGGGGCUCCCCCACAGAGGUUACUCUAUCAGUGCAGGGUCAGAUGCUGAUACUGAAAAUGAAGGAGUGAUGUCUCCAGAGCAUGCCAUGAGACUUUGGGGCAGGGGGGUCAAAUCAGGGCGCAGCUCCUGUCUGUCGAGCCGUUCCAACUCAGCCCUCACUCUGACUGAUACCGAACAUGAAAACAAGUCCGACAGUGAAAAUGGUCCUCCCAUGCCAUCCUCCUCAUCUAGUCCAUCAGUUACUGAACAUUUACACUCCCCUCCUCCAUCACCCAAUCUCCAUGACAACCAGAGGUGGUUAUUAAGUAAUAAUGCCAGCCAGCCAGUUCAGGACUCUGAUACAGAUGAGGACUAUACUGCCGGCUCAUAUCUAGUACAGACCAGUGAUAAUCCAGUAUCUGUCCCAGGUCAUGAACAACCUCCAAAUAACCAAGGCCAGUCGACCCUGCAGCCUUUGCCACCUUCUCACAAGCAACAUUCAGCACAGCAUCACCCAUCCAUCACCUCACUUAACAGAAACUCACUGACAAAUAGGAGGAAUCAGAGUCCGGCCCCGCCGGCUGCUUUGCCCGCCGAGCUGCAAACCACACCUGAGUCAGUCCAGCUGCAGGACAGCUGGGUGCUUGGCAGUAAUGCACCUCUGGAAAGCAGGCAUUUCCUAUUCAAAACAGGAACAGGGACCACACCGCUGUUCAGUACUGCAACGCCAGGGUACACAAUGGCAUCCGGGUCUGUUUAUUCCCCUCCUACUCGGCCACUACCUAGGAACACUCUAUCCAGAAGUGCUUUUAAAUUCAAGAAGUCUUCGAAGUACUGUAGCUGGAAAUGUACUGCACUCUGUGCUGUAGGGGUCUCAGUGCUGCUGGCAAUACUGCUGUCCUACUUUAUAGCAAUGCAUCUGUUUGGCCUCAACUGGCAGUUGCAGCAGACUGAAAAUGAUACAUUUGAGAAUGGAAAAGUGAAUUCUGAUACUGUGCCAACACAUCCUGUAACAGUUCCUGCUGGAGACAGUGGAAAAUUAGGAGGAUUUGCACAAGAAAACAACACUAUAGAUUCUGGAGAACUUGAUAUAGGCCGAAGAGCGAUACAAGAAGUGCCCCCUGGGAUUUUUUGGAGAUCACAGCUCUUCAUUGAUCAGCCACAGUUUCUAAAAUUCAAUAUAUCCCUUCAGAAAGAUGCAUUGAUUGGAGUAUAUGGUCGAAAAGGCUUACCACCUUCACACACUCAGUAUGACUUUGUGGAGCUCCUGGAUGGCAGCCGGCUGAUUGCAAGGGAGCAACGCAACCUGCUGGAGUCAGAGCGAGCAGGACGGCAGGCGAGGUCUGUCAGUCUCCAUGAGGCAGGUUUUAUCCAGUAUUUGGAUUCUGGCAUCUGGCACCUGGCCUUUUAUAAUGAUGGGAAAAAUGCAGAGCAGGUGUCUUUUAAUACCAUAAUUAUAGAGUCUGUGGUGGAAUGCCCCCGAAAUUGCCAUGGUAACGGUGAAUGUGUUUCUGGAUCUUGCCAUUGUUUUCCUGGGUUUCUGGGCCCCGAUUGUUCGAGAGCAGCCUGCCCGGUGCUGUGCAGUGGCAAUGGGCAGUACUCCAAAGGACGCUGCCUGUGUUACAGUGGCUGGAAGGGCACCGAGUGUGACGUGCCUACGAGUCAGUGCAUCGAUCCCCAGUGUGGGGGAAGGGGCAUCUGCAUCAUGGGUUCUUGUGCCUGCAACUCUGGGUACAAAGGAGAAAACUGUGAAGAAGCGGAUUGCUUGGACCCAGGCUGCUCCAGCCACGGUGUGUGCAUCCACGGCGAGUGCCACUGCAACCCGGGCUGGGGGGGCAACAACUGUGAAAUCCUGAAAACGAUGUGCUCUGACCAGUGCUCUGGUCAUGGCACCUACCUUCAAGAGAGUGGUAGCUGCACCUGCGACCCCAACUGGACAGGUCCAGAUUGCUCCAAUGAGAUCUGUUCCGCGGACUGUGGCACGCACGGCGUGUGCAUGGGCGGCACGUGUCGCUGCGAGGAGGGCUGGACGGGCGCAGCCUGCAACCAGCGGGCCUGCCACCCCCGCUGCGCCGAGCACGGCACCUGUAAGGACGGCAAGUGUGAAUGUAGCCAGGGAUGGAACGGAGAGCACUGUACCAUUGAGGGCUGCCCUGGUUUGUGCAACAGCAAUGGGAGAUGCACACUGGACCAAAAUGGCUGGCACUGUGUCUGCCAGCCAGGAUGGAGGGGAGCAGGUUGUGACGUAGCCAUGGAAACUCUCUGCACUGACAGUAAGGACAAUGAAGGAGAUGGGCUAGUUGACUGUAUGGAUCCUGACUGCUGUUUGCAGAGUUCUUGCCAAAACCAGCCUUAUUGUCGUGGACUGCCUGAUCCCCAAGAUAUCAUCAGCCAAAGCCAACAGUCGCCAUCUCAGCAAGCUGCCAAAGCGUUUUAUGACCGGAUCAGUUUCCUCAUCGGAGCAGACAGCACCCAUGUCAUACCUGGGGAAAGCCCUUUCAACAAGAGUCUUGCAUCUGUCAUAAGAGGCCAAGUAUUAACUGCUGAUGGAACACCACUCAUUGGAGUCAAUGUUUCCUUCCUGCACUAUCCAGACUAUGGAUAUACAAUCACUCGCCAGGACGGAAUGUUUGACUUGGUAGCGAAUGGUGGUGCCUCUCUGACACUGGUGUUUGAGCGAUCACCGUUCCUGACACAGUAUCACACAGUAUGGAUUCCCUGGAAUGUCUUUUAUGUCAUGGAUACCCUUGUCAUGAAGAAGGAAGAGAAUGACAUUCCCAGUUGUGAUCUAAGCGGAUUUGUAAGGCCAAACCCUGUUAUCGUGUCAUCGCCUUUAUCCACUUUCUUCAGAAUUUCUCCUGAAGAUAGUCCCAUCAUCCCAGAGACACAGGUACUUCAUGAAGAAACAACAAUACCAGGGACUGAUUUGAAGUUAUCAUACUUGAGCUCCAGGGCUGCAGGAUAUAAAUCUGUACUGAAGAUUACUAUGACCCAAUCUGUUAUACCAUUUAAUUUAAUGAAGGUUCAUCUUAUGGUGGCAGUGGUGGGAAGACUUUUCCAAAAAUGGUUCCCUGCAUCCCCAAAUCUAGCAUACACCUUCAUUUGGGAUAAAACUGAUGCAUACAAUCAGAGGGUCUACGGAUUAUCUGAAGCUGUUGUGUCUGUAGGUUACGAGUAUGAGUCUUGCUUGGAUCUGACUCUCUGGGAAAAGCGGACUGCCAUUUUGCAGGGUUAUGAACUAGAUGCCUCCAACAUGGGUGGUUGGACAUUGGAUAAGCAUCAUGUAUUGGAUGUUCAGAAUGGAAUCCUCUACAAAGGGAAUGGUGAAAAUCAAUUUAUAUCUCAGCAACCUCCAGUUGUUAGUAGCAUUAUGGGCAACGGGAGACGACGCAGCAUAUCCUGUCCAAGCUGUAAUGGUCAAGCUGAUGGUAAUAAAUUACUGGCUCCGGUUGCCUUAGCCUGUGGGAUAGAUGGCAGUCUGUACGUGGGGGAUUUCAACUACGUUCGGCGGAUAUUCCCAUCUGGAAAUGUAACUAGUGUUCUGGAGCUAAGCAACAACCCAGCUCACAGAUACUACCUCGCAACUGACCCUGUGACGGGAGAUUUGUACGUUUCUGACACGAACACGCGCAGGAUUUAUCGGCCCAAAUCGCUCACUGGUGCAAAAGACCUGACCAAAAAUGUUGAGGUUAUAGGAGGAACAGGGGAGCAGUGCCUGCCAUUCGAUGAGGCAAGGUGUGGUGAUGGAGGCAAAGCAGUGGAGGCAACUCUCAUGAGCCCUAAAGGAAUAGCAAUAGACAAGAAUGGGUUAAUCUACUUUGUUGAUGGGACCAUGAUCAGAAAAGUGGAUCAGAAUGGAAUAAUAUCGACUUUGCUUGGCUCCAAUGACCUUACCUCAGCACGACCUCUAACCUGUGAUACCAGCAUGCACAUCAGCCAGGUUCGUCUGGAAUGGCCUACAGAUUUAGCUAUCAACCCAAUGGAUAACUCCAUUUAUGUUUUGGAUAACAACGUGGUUCUGCAGAUCACUGAAAACCGUCAGGUUCGCAUUGCUGCGGGGAGGCCGAUGCACUGCCAGGUGCCUGGGGUGGAGUACACGGUGGGCAAACACGCUGUCCAGACCACGCUGGAGUCUGCCACUGCCAUCGCCGUGUCCUACAGCGGGGUGCUUUACAUUACAGAAACAGAUGAAAAAAAGAUAAAUAGGAUAAGACAGGUCACAACUGAUGGAGAGAUCUCUUUAGUUGCUGGAAUACCCUCAGAGUGUGAUUGCAAAAAUGAUGUUAACUGUGACUGUUACCAGAAUGGAGAUGGCUAUGCUAAAGAUGCCAAACUUAAUGCCCCUUCCUCCUUAGCUGUCUCUCCAGAUGGCACCCUGUAUAUUGCUGACCUGGGAAACAUUAGGAUACGGGCUGUGUCAAAGAACAAACCCUUAAUGAAUUCAAUGAACUUCUAUGAAGUUGCUUCUCCAACUGACCAAGAGCUGUAUAUCUUUGAUGUCAAUGGUACUCAUCAGUACACUGUGAGUUUAGUCACCGGAGACUACCUGUACAAUUUCAGCUACAGUAAUGACAAUGAUAUUACCGCGGUGACGGACAGCAAUGGGAAUACUCUUCGGAUCAGGCGGGAUCCCAACCGAAUGCCAGUAAGAGUGGUCUCUCCUGAUAACCAAGUCAUCUGGCUGACCAUAGGCACCAAUGGAUGUUUGAAAAGCAUGACUGCACAAGGGCAGGAGCUGGUCUUAUUUACCUACCAUGGCAACAGUGGACUUCUGGCAACUAAAAGCGAUGAGACUGGAUGGACCACUUUUUUUGACUAUGAUAGCGAGGGCCGUCUAACAAAUGUUACAUUCCCAACUGGAGUCGUCACUAACCUUCAUGGGGAAAUGGAAAGGGCCAUUACAGUGGACAUUGAGUCAUCCAGCAGAGAGGAAGAUGUCAGCAUCACUUCCAACUUAUCAUCAAUCGAUUCUUUCUAUACCAUGGUUCAAGAUCAGUUAAGAAAUAGCUACCAGAUUGGUUAUGAUGGCUCACUGAGAAUCCUGUACGCCAGCGGCCUGGACUCACACUACCAGACAGAACCACACGUCUUGGCUGGCACUGCCAACCCAACCAUGGCAAAGAGAAACAUGACCCUUCCUGGGGAGAAUGGGCAGAACCUGGUGGAGUGGCGAUUCCGGAAAGAGCAAGCCCAAGGAAAAGUCAAUGUCUUUGGCCGAAAGCUUAGGGUUAAUGGCAGAAACCUCCUUUCAGUUGACUUUGAUCGAACCACGAAGACAGAAAAGAUCUACGAUGACCACCGUAAAUUCCUGCUGAGAAUUGCCUACGACACGUCAGGGCACCCCACCCUGUGGCUCCCGAGCAGCAAGCUGAUGGCUGUCAAUGUUACCUAUUCAUCCACAGGUCAAAUAGGCAGCAUACAGCGAGGCACGACUAGUGAGAAAAUAGAGUAUGAUGGACAGGGAAGGAUAGUGUCUAGAGUGUUUGCUGAUGGGAAAACCUGGAGUUACACAUACUUGGAAAAGUCAAUGGUUCUUCUGCUCCAUAGCCAACGGCAGUAUAUCUUCGAAUAUGAUUUGUUGGAUCGGCUUUCCGCUGUCACCAUGCCCAGUGUUGCUCGUCAUACCAUGCAGACUAUCCGCUCCAUCGGCUAUUACCGGAAUAUAUACAACCCCCCGGAAAGCAAUGCUUCUGUUAUAAUGGACUACAACGAGGAAGGGCAGCUCCUUCAAACUGCUUUCCUGGGGACAAGCCGGAGAGUAUUAUUCAAGUACAGACGGCAGACCAAGCUCUCAGAAAUUUUAUAUGAUAGUACAAGAGUUAGUUUUACUUAUGAUGAGACAGCAGGAGUCCUGAAAACAGUAAACCUCCAAAGCGAUGGUUUUAUCUGCACCAUUAGAUACAGACAAAUUGGCCCAUUGAUUGACAGACAGAUUUUCCGCUUUAGUGAAGACGGAAUGGUAAAUGCCCGAUUUGACUACAGCUAUGACAAUAGCUUCAGAGUGACUAGCAUGCAAGGUGUCAUCAAUGAAACCCCAUUGCCUAUUGAUCUCUACCAGUUUGACGAUAUCUCUGGCAAAGUUGAACAGUUUGGAAAAUUUGGAGUUAUAUAUUAUGAUAUUAACCAGAUCAUUUCAACAGCUGUAAUGACAUACACAAAACACUUCGACGCACAUGGGCGCAUCAAGGAAAUUCAGUAUGAAAUAUUUCGGUCAUUAAUGUAUUGGAUUACAAUUCAGUAUGAUAACAUGGGACGAGUGACGAAAAGAGAAAUUAAGAUUGGGCCAUUUGCCAACACCACUAAAUAUGCUUACGAAUAUGAUGUAGAUGGUCAGCUCCAGACAGUUUAUCUGAAUGAGAAAAUAAUGUGGCGAUACAACUAUGACCUGAAUGGCAACCUGCACUUGCUCAACCCCAGCAGCAGCGCCCGUUUGACACCACUUCGGUAUGACCUGAGAGACAGAAUAACUCGACUGGGAGAUGUACAGUACAGGUUAGAUGAAGACGGGUUUCUGCGUCAGAGAGGUACCGAAAUCUUUGAAUACAGUUCAAAGGGCCUUCUUACUCGAGUUUAUAGCAAAGGCAGUGGGUGGACAGUGAUUUAUCGUUAUGAUGGACUUGGACGACGAGUUUCCAGUAAAACUAGCCUUGGGCAGCAUCUCCAGUUCUUUUACGCAGACCUUACCUACCCAACUAGGAUAACUCAUGUGUAUAACCACUCCAGUUCUGAAAUCACAUCUCUAUACUAUGAUCUGCAAGGACAUCUUUUUGCCAUGGAAAUUAGCAGUGGAGAUGAGUUUUACAUUGCAUCAGACAAUACAGGGACACCACUGGCUGUUUUCAGUAGCAAUGGUCUCAUGCUUAAACAAAUUCAAUACACUGCUUAUGGAGAGAUCUAUUUUGACUCUAACCUUGACUUCCAGCUGGUAAUUGGAUUCCAUGGAGGCUUAUACGACCCACUGACCAAACUAGUCCACUUUGGAGAAAGAGAUUAUGAUAUACUGGCAGGCCGGUGGACAACACCUGAUAUUGAAAUCUGGAAGAGAAUUGGGAAGGAUCCAGCUCCUUUUAAUUUGUACAUGUUUAGAAAUAACAACCCAGCCAGUAAAAUACACGAUGUGAAGGAUUAUAUCACAGAUGUUAACAGCUGGCUGGUGACAUUUGGCUUCCAUCUGCACAAUGCCAUCCCUGGCUUCCCUGUUCCGAAAUUUGAUUUAACAGAACCAUCUUAUGAACUUGUGAAGAGCCAGCAAUGGGAAGACAUUCCACCAAUUUCUGGAGUGCAACAACAAGUGGCGAGACAAGCAAAGGCUUUCCUUUCCCUGGGAAAGAUGGCAGAAGUGCAGGUCAGCAGACGGAAAUCCAGUGGAGAAAAGUCGUGGCUGUGGUUUGCCACGGUGAAGUCUCUGAUUGGCAAAGGAGUGAUGCUCGCUGUCAAUCAAGGCAAAGUGCAAACAAAUGUGCUCAACAUUGCUAAUGAGGACUGCAUAAAAGUGGCAGCUGUUUUGAACAACGCUUACUACCUAGAAAACUUGCAUUUCACUGUGGAGGGAAAGGACACACACUAUUUUAUCAAGACCACCUCCCCUGAGAGUGACCUUGGGACACUGAGGCUGACAAGUGGGCGUAAGGCCCUGGAGAAUGGCAUCAAUGUCACUGUUUCCCAGUCCACCACUGUGGUGAACGGCAGGACUCGUAGGUUUGCUGAUGUUGAAAUGCAGUACGGUGCUCUAGCGCUUCACGUCCGCUAUGGCAUGACACUUGAUGAGGAAAAGGCCCGGAUACUGGAGCAAGCCAGGCAAAGAGCUCUUUCCAGUGCCUGGGCCAGAGAACAACAGAGAGUAAGAGAUGGAGAGGAAGGCGCCAGGUUGUGGACAGAAGGAGAAAAGAGGCAGUUGCUAAGUGCUGGAAAGGUACAAGGAUACGAUGGGUACUAUGUACUCUCUGUGGAGCAAUAUCCAGAAUUAGCAGACAGCGCUAACAAUAUACAGUUCCUCAGACAAAGUGAGAUAGGAAAGAGGUAACACACUGGCUUAGCUCAGGCUGCCAAAGAGACUGUGUACCAGUGUCUUCUAAAAAGGAGACCAAACUGUUUUGCUGCAUUACUACUUGAGCCUAAGCUUACAUCUUUGCUCAGAUUUUUUCUGUAGCACAAUCCAGACUCUGUAACUAAAAGAGCGCCUUCUGGAAGAAUGAUACUGCUAAUGACAAAACUUUUUUUUUCUCAAUGACCUUAAAGGUGAUCUGCUUUAAAGAAUAUGUUUACAUAUGCAUAUCGCUGCACUCAAGUUGGACUGAAAAAUAUUAAAAAAAAAAAAGAAGAAAAAAAGAAAAUAAAAAGGCCUACAGAUUUUGCAACAGGCUGUUUCUUUGAGGCACUGUAUUUAAUUAAGAUACAGACCCAAACAGUGUUUCCAAAUAUUACUGAAUUGUUGACCUUUGCUUACAAGUAGUCUCUUUCUUUCUCUCUCUCUUUUUCUCUCUCUUUCUCACUGCAUAGGAUGUGGUAUAUAUCUGUUAAUUUUAAAACAUGGGGCAAAAAUUACUGUUUAUAGACAACCCAACUGCAUUAAACUGUGCUGCUUUCUAAAAGGACAUUGGCACAAGUGACUUAUGCUACCAUGGGAAUUUAAUAAUGGAUUUUACAAUGCUAACAUGGUUUGCCUUGGGGGGAAAAUGGCAAGUAGAAUCCUUGUUGCAUAUAAGCAAAGGAAACCCUGAUUUUUUUGUAAAUUAUGUGAGACAAGUUGUUUAUGGAUUUUUAUAUGAAUUACAAUUUACUGUACAUCAAAUAUUAGUCUCAGAGGAGUUAAUUUAUGUAAAGUGUUUAAAAAAGUUUAUACUUAAAAAUAAAAUGAUAAAAACAUGUGCUGUGUGUGAUUUUUUUUAAAGAAAAAGGAAUUGCACCUUUUAUGUUAUAGCUGUACAGUAUAAAGGAUUAUAUUGUAGAGAUAUAACAGUGAUGACUAAUGUCCAAAAGUGUUAAUAUUUUUGUAUUAGGUUUAAAGCUGUGCAUCUAUCACUCUGCUGAUAGGAUGGGACACUCCACAAAGUGGCUGGCUGAAUCAGACCACAGCUCCCUCCCCUCCCUCUCCUGUCACCCAGGCCAGUGCCACUUCAUCAGUCAUUGUUAGAAGGCACAGUAACCAAAUAAGUCUCAUUUAGUAUGAUGGAAGACUUUAAUAGGUUGGGGUUUCCUUGUCUUUUUCCAGCCCUAAUGUAAUAAAUGGACAUUUAUUCAUACCAGGUGGGGUUUCUGUUGGUUUUUUAGAAGCUUUGUUUCACAAUGGAGGAAUAGUGUCUCAGGUGCUUGGCAAAUUGUAUGUAGAAGAAGAAGAAGAAAUGAUGUAGUUUCAUCCAGUUAUGUCAACUUUGUCUUCUGUAUAAUACAGCUCUUUUAGGUGUUAAUAACUCCAGAUAGAAGAAGCGUACCUCUGACCUGAUGCUACAGAAUUGCUCUUUAGGCAGGCAGGCUGUUCAGUAGGUUCAUCUCCUGGCCUUCAGCUGGCAGAUCAAAUCUCAUUACUGUGAACACAACCUGGGGAUGGAGAGGAAGGUCCAGUUCUAGUGCCUAGACUGCAUCUCCACACCACUGCAUAGAUUUGACAUGCUCUGCUCCAAGGCCCAGUAUAUUUGCUGCAGGAAGAACUGAAGUGUGCAGCUGGUUCCUUAUAGGAAGCCUGUGGUGGCAUCUAUGGCAUCUGUUCUACAUCUUGGCUGAAACCAUUCUUAGAGCUUUAGUCUCAUAAGCACUAAAUUCAGCCACAAAAAUAAAUAUUUUUAAGAUGAGACAAAAUUGGGGGUUUUGAUGUUCAUUGAAAUAUACACAGUAUUUCUAUCCAUGUAUUAUAAUGACAGAACAUAGUAAGUGAACGUGUCUUAACUAUGAAUGGUUCAAGUGGAUGUAAUAAAAAUAGUUUUCUAACUGCUUUGUAUUCUGAGAGUCUAUGGUAUUACAUACUCUAAAUUGCACAUUAGGAUUGUUUGAUAAACAGAUUUGAAUUUCUCCCAGCCAAGUCGCUACCGAAUCUACAGUAUCAGUGCUAUUACUGUAUGUGUGUAUUUGGUAGAGCAUACAGAACUAAUUACACAUAUAAUGAAUGCUAAUCAUCUAUUAGAAUUAAAGCACAGAUUAGUUGUUAGUACUUUUACCCUUGAAGCUUGAGGGCCCUAAAUUUAGAGAGGAUGGUAUUUCAGACCCCAGAGGUGUGUCAUUGAGCUACGUAUUCUUUUUAAAAGAUGUAAAAUGCUAGGUGUUUGCAGUUCUGUUGGGUGGCUCUUCCACAGCACUGUAUUUAGCAUGCUGUAAGUGCUCUCUGUUGAAAUAGGCUCAUAUUCUAAAUUAUGUCCAAUGUUUCUGUUCUGUUUGAAUAUGAAAAGCUUGUAUAACAUGUCAACAUUGAAAUAUAUCUUCUACUUGGCGCAUACCAGUCCCUUCUCCUUUGUUCUGGCACCAAUAAACAACAAAUUAUAGUAUCUGUUGGUGAUCAUUUUAGAUACAGUCAAAUCAAGCCAAUUAGUGGCCUUGUUAGUAGGUAUAAUGAGCCUAUUUCUUGCUAAAAAAGACUUGUGAUCUGGACAUGUUCCUGCAGGAAAUAGUGACCUUGGGGAAUAAAGAAACAAAAGAUCUUUUUAAAGAAAAAAUAUGCAUAAUUAAAGAAGCAUAUUACAAAAAUAAGAAAAAAAGAAAGGAGAUUCUAAGUAUUUUAGACAAUGCCAGUCAAAAUGCUAUCCUGAUAUUUUGAGAUGUAUAUUUCGUCUGAUUUGUAUUGUUCUUUUAAUUUGCCUUCUUAACUUUAUAUGUGUCCUGAAUUUUCCACAAAUUGAUAACUAUAGAUUGCAUCUAGGCUUUCCAAUAAAAGCCAACCCAA